CUCUAUACACCCACCGACCUCCUUUCUAUCUUUAGUUCCCUCUAUGCUUUCUAUAUAUACAAUCAUCUAUCUUUAUACCUUUUCAUCAGUUUCAACUUUAUCAAAUCAAUACAACAGUCACCUAAAAGACUUCUGGUUCUCUAGAUCGAUUAAUGGAUACCAACAACAAGGAGUCUCAGUUCCAUGAUUUCUUACCUCUAAUGGCGGACAAACUGGGAGGAGAUGGUCUGAUUGAUGAAAUGUGCAAAGGGUUUCAGCUGCUGAUGGAUCAAGAUAAAGGGGUGAUCACUUUCGAUAGUUUGAAGAAGAAUUCUUCAUUUUUGGGUCUUCAAGAUCUCUCCGACACUGAUCUUUUCAGCAUGUUGAAAGAAGGCGAUUUCGAUGGAGAUGGUGCACUCAGUCAGAUGGAGUUUUGUGUUCUCAUGUUUAGAUUAAGCCCUGAUUUGAUGGACCAAUCUGAGUUUUUGUUAGAACAAGCUCUGGAACAAGAGUUUGAUAAUUUCCAAUAUUGAAUUGUAAAUUCUUCAUUAUUGUAAAACCAUUUUAGUCUCUGUGGUUUGGACCAUUUUGCUAGUUUA